AUGAUGUUCCCUGGGCUCCUCGCGCCCCCCGCCGGGUACCCCAGCCUCCUGCGCCCCACACCCACCUUAACGCUGCCCCAGUCUCUGCAGUCGGCAUUUUCCGGACACUCCAGCUUCCUGGUCGAGGAUCUGAUCCGCAUCAGCCGACCCCCUGCCUACCUGCCCCGCAGCGUUCCUACGGCCAGCAUGUCGCCCCCCAGGCAGGGGACCCCCGCGAAUCUCACAGACACCGUGGCCUCGGACCUGGGCUGCCCUAGUCCGGGCAGCCGGCGGGGCGGAUCGCCGCAGACUGCCGUCUCCCCUGCCAGUGAGCCUACGUUUCUGAAGUUUGGAGUGAACGCCAUUCUCUCCUCGGCGCCCAGGAACGAAGCAUCCCCCGCCUUGCUCCAGAGUGGCCCUCCCAAGACCUUCGCCUUUCCCUACUUCGAAGGUUCCUUCCAGCCUUUCAUCAGAUCUUCGUAUUUCCCAGCGUCCUCCAGCGUCGUGCCCAUCCCCGGGACCUUCUCCUGGCCGCUGGCCGCGCGCGGCAAGCCUCGCCGGGGCAUGCUGCGCCGAGCCGUGUUCUCCGACGUGCAGCGCAAGGCGCUGGAGAAGAUGUUCCAGAAGCAGAAGUACAUCAGCAAGCCCGACCGCAAGAAGCUGGCGGCCAAGCUGGGCUUGAAAGACUCCCAGGUGAAAAUCUGGUUCCAGAACCGACGCAUGAAGUGGCGGAACUCCAAGGAGCGCGAGCUGCUGUCCAGCGGGGGCUGCCGCGAGCAGACCCUUCCCACCAAACUCAAUCCGCACCCGGACCUCAGCGACGUGGGCCAGAAGGGCCCGGGGGACGAGGAGGAGGAAGACGAGGGCCGGGCCAGCCCCCGCCACCGCCUGGCCUAUCACGCGUCCCUCGACCCUCGGCACCUGCGCGACCCGCGACUCGCAGGGCCACUGCCCGCCUCCCCCGCGCACUCGAGCAGCCCGGGCAAACCUUCGGACUUCUCGGACUCCGAGGAGGAUGAGGAGGGCGAGGAGGAGGAGGAGAUCACGGUGUCUUAG